CUCUCUCUUGUAUGGUGUUUCUUAAAUUUUGUAUAAUUAUUAUUAAAUUUAAAAUCUUUAUGAUGGAGGUGUGUCUUCAAUUUAUUUUUGCUCUGCUGAGAUGGCGGUUUUGCUCUUCUUGUUUCUCGUAGUUUUCACUAAAUAUACUGUCAGUUCUUUUCAUCCGGCUAGUUCCGUCAGCUGUAGUGGUACUCCUCAAUCUUCGCUUCCUUUUUGUGACAGUACACUCACUCCUAGUGAAAGAGCAACAGAUCUCGUGUCACGUCUUUCGAAAGAUGAGCUAGUAUCACAGGCCAAUGCUAGAGCAGGCCCAAUAGAUAGACUAGGUAUUAAGGACUACAACUGGAGGUCGAACUGUCUUCAUGGCUGGGCUCUCUCUGGAGGCAAAUGGCCCGAGGGAAUAUCCUGGACUAACUUUCCAAUGCCACUUGGUCUAGGUGCCUCGUUUAAUCCUUCUUUGGUGAAUAAAGUGGCACAAGUUACUUCCGAUGAAGGACGUGCUCUUCACAAUAUAAUGCUCUCUCAGUUUGAUGGAUCCAGUACUGAAGCAGCUGGACUAAACUGCUUCUCUCCGAUGAUCAAUAUAUUCAGAGACCCACGCUGGGGGAGGGGCAAGGAAACCUUUAGUGAAGACCCUUAUCACAUUUCCUUGAUGGGUGUCGCUUAUACAAAAGGACUACAAGAGGGAGAAGACCCAAAAUAUGUCAAAAUAGCGGCCUGUGCUAAACACUAUGCUGUCCAUUGUGGUCCUGGUGACAUUAGAAACCGUUUCACGGCCAACGUCAGUCUUCACGACCUUUACGAUACUUUCCUCCCUGCCUUCAAGUCCCAAGCUAUGGCCGCCAAUGUCCUUCAAAUAAUGACAGCACUCAGUGGGACUCGGACAGUCCUUAACGAGGACGGUGCUCCGGAUUCUGCUAAUAAAUAUUUAAUUCAGACUAUUCUGAGGGAAGAGUUUGGGAUGGCAAACGUGUCUGUCAUAUCAGAUAACGGAGCAGUGGCUCAGGUGGACACCGUCCAUCAUUUUGUGUCUAAUUUAACGGAAGCAGCUGCAGUUUGUAUGAACGCUGGCACUGAUCUUGAUCUGUACAGUGUUGCUUACGCUCAGUAUCUAUCAAAAGCUAUCGAUAAUGGAACUGUCUCACUGGAUACUGUGAGAGCUGCUGUCUGGCGGAGUUUUUAUCUUCGAAUCCUAGUGGGGGAUUUCGACCCAUAUGAGUCUGUCACCUACCAGCAGAUAGAUGCCAGUCAUCUUGAUACACCAGCUAAUCAGAAAGUCAACCUUGAAUCUGUCAGAGAAUCAAUCGUACUACUAAAGAACGUACAGGAUGCUUUACCAUUGGAUCCGUCAAAGAACAAGAAGAUUGCUGUCAUUGGGCCAUUGGCUAAUGAUACUGAUGAUCUGUUAGGGAAUUACGUUGGUAUACCAUCGAAAAUAAUUAGUGUUCUAAAUGGACUAGAGACAUACAAUAGCAAACAUUUUAACGGAAGCAUAGAGUUUGAAUAUGCAGCUGGUUGUAUGAGUGUACCCUGCCCUAAUGUCACUGGAUUUGAUGAGGCAGUGUCCCUAACUGACUGGGCAGACACUGUCAUUGCUGUAAUGGGGCUAGAUGAUACACUGGAAGGAGAAGGACACGACAGAAAACCAACUUCAUGUUCCGAGGACUACAAUCCGAUUGAUGUCCUUGAUCUUCCUGGUUGCCAGUCUCAUUUGAUUAAACGUCUUUCAGCGUCUAAAAAGAAUAUCAUACUAGUACUUAUGAAUGGCGGACCACUGACAAUACCCGACUUAUACUUAUCUGAUAGUAUCGUUGGGAUAUUGGAGACAUUUUACGGUGGCUCUCUGGCUGGGACUGGGAUUGCCGAGGUCUUAUUUGGUUCUUAUAAUCCAGCUGGUCGAAUGCCAGUCACCACUCUUCUCACUUCAAGUGAUUUACGUGAUUCCGUGGACUAUCGUAUGUCUCCUUCUCCUGGUCGUACUUAUCGAUAUUUCUCAGGCAAGACCUUAUUCCCGUUUGGCUAUGGACUCAGUUAUACGCAGUUCGAAUACUCUCAUCUCAAGUUAAAAUCUGACACUAUUAAACCUUGUGAUGGGCUCUCCGCUAGUGUAGUUGUUACUAACACAGGCUCAAGGGAUGGGGACGAAGUUGUUCAAGCGUACCUCAUUCCUCCUCAAAUAAAGGGCAUCACAGUCCCUCUACAAGAACUUGUUAAUUUUAGUCGCAUUCAUAUUAAAUCUGGUAGCGAAGUCUCUCCUACUCUAGCAGUAUCAUCGUACAUGCUUUCGUUGGUUGACAAUAAUGGAGAUAGGUACAUAUAUCCUGGAGCGUAUCAGCUCAGUGUAGGAGGGAGCUCUCCUGGUGAGUCUGUGGCUAUCAAGACUAGUGAGAAUAUUGUUGGUAGCUUCACAAUAUCAGGCACCAAACCUGUCUCUGUUAAUGAUUGUGGUAGUGGGGCUCCAAAGUGUAUGGCUUGUGAUAAAGAUAGUCAAUAGUCAUCCUCUCCUGAUACUAUUAUUAAUAAAAUGACUCAGUACUCAUUAUUUAAUCAUUUGAUCAGUAGUUCGUAUCAUCGUUUCUCUUUAUACAUGAUUUUUGUAUUAUUUAUAUUGUAGGCUUUUUUUCAAUCAGUAUCUUGCUUCUUCUUUUUGAA